AUGUCUUCGCGUGGCCAUAGCGAGGGCGGGAAACCGCUGUCCAAACCAAUCUCUCUAUCUUUAUCCAGUUCAAAUGGUCCUCCGAAAAAGACCGGUUUCAACCUCCAAUCCUCAAAUCGCGGCCGUUCCACAAAUUCCCCAGCAAACGGCCGGUCGCUGCCCCGGCGACCUCACCAGCUCGGUGACGCCGAUGACUCCGACGAAGAUGAGGCCCCUCCGGUCCACGAAGAAAUCUCAGGGUUCGACACCCACACAGGCGCCGCCAUAACCGCGGACGGACAGGCAGUCGCGGACGCAAAUAAGCUGCUGAUCAUCCCCGUCACGAGCAAGAACAACUGGCGCGACCGGGCGGGUGUGAAGAAAGGCAAGAACCUGCUGCCGAGCGAAGUGCAGGCUAUGCAGGAAGCGCAAAAGAACGGACAAGCACCUCCCGGAGAGCCUACAGUAGAGACAGAUACGCCCAGCAUGGCGUACGGCUUGAGCUUUGCACAGCAGUCUGCAGAAAAGGCAGAUAGUGGCGCAGCAGUGGACCAAGACCAGGCCAUGCCCGAUGCGAAACCUGUCGAGACCAAGCCUCUCACCGACGACGAGAUUGCCAUGCAGGCGCUGAUUCGAGAAACUACGGGUGACAAUGAACGGAGGUCAGAUCUUGUGAUUGAGUCUGCUACAAGGGAGGAAGAACCAGUCCACUACAGCGAACUCGGAUCUUUCCGAACAGAUGUGGCAUCCCGACCUGAGCCUGCCAGUUUGGACGCCUACAAUGCCAUUCCUGUCGAGGAAUUCGGCGCUGCGCUGCUACGAGGAAUGGGCUGGAAGGAUGGUCAAUCUAUCGGACGAGGCAACUACAGCAGUGCCACAGCUGCAGAGAAGGCGAAAAAUCCUCGUGUCCCAGAACGACGACCUGGGUUCCUCGGUAUUGGCGCAAAGGAUUCUUCCGGCGGCAAGGGAGCCGAAACCGAACUUGGAGCCUGGGGAAAAGCGGCUAUGCGCAAGGCGUCGAGGAAACAGGGGGAGGAGAAUGACAAGGCUGAGGGUGUGUACAUGCCUAUCACGAUGCGGAAUAAGAAAACUGGCGAGCAACUCACCGAAGAGGAACUCGCUGCUCUACAAAAGGAGGCCAAGUCCAAGCCUCCCAAGGAAGACGACUGGCGCGAGCGACGGGAUCGCAACCUUGAGAAGAGUGGUCGGGACAAGGAUCGAGACCGGGAAUACCGCAAACGAGAUUACGACGAUGAGGAGGAUCGUUCUCGUCGGAAGACUGGGUCCUCGCGACGUGACCGUGAUCGCAGUCGGUCUAGUGGCCGCCAGUCUUCUAGUCGUUCCUCUCGAUAUGAUGAUGACGACAAAAGCAGACGGGACGACCGUUCCUAUCGGGAUCGAGACCACGACCGGGAUCGUCGCCGGGACCGUGAUGAUGAUAAGGACGACCGAAGGAGAGAUGGAGAUCGAGAGCGGGACAGGGACCGCAGCCAUCGAUCUCGAGAUGAUAGAUACAGCAGCUCGCGGCACUCGUCUCACUCAUCUCGGAAUGACCGAGACCGAGAUCGUGACCGUGAUCGCGACUCUCGUCGGAGUCGUCGCGAUGAUUAG